GUGUGCGAAAAAAGCGAAGUAUUGCAACGAGUUGUAUAAAAGGCCUUUUACAAUUUUGCAAAAAUUUAAGUAAAAUAAUAAUUAAUUUUUACUGGGAAUAAAUUGAAUUUAAAAGAUAGGUAGCUGUUGGUUACUGUCAUUUUUAUAAUAAACAACGAAAACGAUCUGAAGAUGGCAUUUUUAAAAGUUUGCGAUUACUUAACUGUUUUUGGAAAAUAAUGAGUGAUUCAGAAGAAGACAACGUUCUAGAGCGUAUUGAAGCUGCUGCACAAGAGGCCAUCUCAAAUUUAAUCCCCCAGAAAUCCCGCGUCGCUUACGAGAUAACAUAGGUACAGCCGUUUCGAAGAAUGGAGGUCUAAACAAAAAGUAAAUUGCAUUAAUGAGAAAGUGAUGUUGGCGUACUUCCUUGAAAAAAUAAAAAUUGUAAAGCCCUCAACGUUGUGGAGUGUAUAUUCCAUGUUAAGAACCAUGAUUUCAAUCAACAAAAACCUUGAUUUGAGUAAAUACACUAUUUUGAUCGCAUUUUUGAAACGACAAAGUGAAGGAUAUCGCGCCAAGAAAUCCAAAAGCUUCAGUAAGGAAAAUAUUGAAAAGUUUCUUACAACAGCAAAUGACGAAGAUUACUUAAUGCAAAAAGUGGUUUUAAUAACAGAAGUUACGGGAGCUUGUCGAAGGAGUUAUGGACCACCCAGUGAAUGGCCCCCUUUAUAUAUUGUAGUUGCUUAGUUAGCAUUUUUAUCUUAUAAAUAGUAGUGAUCCUGUAAACAAAUUAGCUUUUAUUAUUCGACUAGCUUUUAUUAUUCUACAUUCUCAAUGUAAAGUUCGGUAAUAAAACUCGUUUCCGAAAAC